AUGGCUGAUUCUGAUCCUGGGGAAAGAAACUACGACAACAUGCUGCGGAUGCUGUCAGACCUGAAUAAGGACUUGGAAAAGCUUUUGGAAGAGAUGGAAAAAAUCUCAGUGCAGGCGACCUGGAUGGCCUAUGACAUGGUGGUCAUGCGCACCAACCCCACUCUGGCGGAGUCCAUGCGCCGGCUGGAGGACGCCUUCCUCAACUGCAAGGAGGAGAUGGAGAAGAACUGGCAAGAGCUGCUCAGUGAGACCAAGCGCAAGCAGUAGGCCCUGCUGCUCAUCCACGCUGCCAUCCAUCAUGCACAG